CAGCCGCCGAGCCCAAGAAAAUGCCCGGGAUGGGGAACUCUUUACGCGCGGCUGCCCUCCUGUCUUUCGUGGUCAUAACCAUUUUGGUGUCGCUGUUGAUAAGCAGCGUCCAGCAGUUUGGAGCCACAUUAACAAACUUUCCCAAUGCAACUGUGGAUGGUGGGGAUGAGGGGGAGUUCGCGUCGCUCCGCAAGGCGUUGAUCUCCCAACUCAACGAAAGGCGCAAAGAAAUCAUCCCGUUGCUCUCAUCUGUUGAUAAAGAAAAGGAUUUACCAGGGGAGCAUCGAUAUUAUUCCCAGCGGUAUCAGGCACCAGAGUCCAACUGGGAUUAUAGUUUGUGGAAUGAGAUUACAGACGGCUCCAGAAAGGCGCAUAUGGAUGAAAUGGGCUGUGAGGCUUUGGUGGACGUGCAGGCGGUGGACAUCCUCGGCUCGGGAUACACCAAACUGGUUGUCAAAGUGGUUUUACCUGGAGAUCAGCCCGUGGCGUUAAAGCUGGUCAACGACCAGGGGACAGACAUGGAGAAGUGCCUGCAGGAUUUUAAAGAUCCUCGCGGCUGCAACGAGCUGGUCUCCUACAAGCUGAAAAAAGAAAUCGUCCUGUUGCAGAGGCUCAAGCAUCCAAACGUCAUACGGCUCAGAGGCCACUGUCUGGGAGAUGCAGGCAGAGAUGGAGGGAGAGGAGGGGAGGGAGGAAGAGUCACAGUCAUCCUGGAGCAGGGCUCUCCUCUCCAGAUGAUCCAGCUGCUCCAGAGCCCGUGGGAGGAGAGAUUCAGGGUAUGUCUGGGUUUGGUCAGGCUCCUGCACUUCCUCUCCCACUCCCCGCUGGGCUCGGUGGCUCUGCUGGACUUCCAGCCGCGGCAGUUUGUUACCGUGGCCGGCGAGCUGAAGCUGACAGACCUGGAUGACGCCAGCGCAGAGGAGCCCACCUGUCAGACAGACGCAGACUGCACUCUCCAGUUUCCACACAGAAAUUUCACCCUGCCCUGCUCGGCCCGGGGAGUAUGUGAGGGGCUGAACGAGAAGAGGAACAUUUACAACGCCUACAGGUAUUUUUUCACCUACCUGCUGCCUCACCAGGCCCCGCCCGGCCUCACACACCUGGUAGACCACAUCAUGAACUCCACAGGGGAGCUGAAAGCUGACAUCAAUCAGACACUGGAGGCCUUUGAACGCGUCCUCCUCCUCUACAAGUCUGGCCUGCACCUGGACAACCUGCCUCCAUCAAUAAUCAGAGAUUACACGGUGAUGCGAGGUAUGGGGACCUCAGGGGACGUGGAGUACCGGUGCUGGCCGUCCUACAGCCACCGCGGCUGUGUGCUGUCGGUCCACAGCGCCCGAGAGGCAGCGUUCAUCUGUAACUCCCACUCCCAGUGCACCAGCUUCAGCCUCACCGGACAGAAGACCUGGACCGGUCGCCUCCUGGCCUCUUUCAGAAGCAGCUUCAGCCAUCUGGUGCCUGAUGGGACGUCAGAGGUGUAUUUGAGGAAAGCCAAACCCCCUGAAACUACGGAGUGAUGUGGGGAACAAAGUGGGCCAGCCGUCCCGUCCCAGUCCAGCUGGAGGUAUUACGGAGCGAGAAGAGGGAUAACACACUGCCGGUGACCAUAAGAGUUGCGUAUUUUCCUCGUGGCGUUGUAUUGUAGGAGCCCGCUGGACGCUGUGGGUUUUGUAGUAGGAGCGUGGAGGCUGGUCCGAGGAGGAGGAGGAGGAGGAGGAGGAGGCGUUUGAAGUGAAGCAAGUGAAUGUGAUGUAUUUAUAGGGCUUCUGCUCGGUGACUGUUUGAUCUGCCUGCCAGCUCACCGCCUCUGCCAACUGCUAUUUAAAGGGAUUUCCCUUCAGGUACAAUUAGUAGGGGGAGUAUGGGGUGGGGGGGCUUGUCCCUUCUGCAAUUUUUUUUCCCCCCACUUGCCUUUAUUUGCCAUGUGUGUUGGGUUUUGUUGCGAGGCCUGCUCCCUGUAGUAGGAUUUUAAGCCAAAGAAGUAAUAAGGACAACCGCCACAGCUCACUGUUUGAAGCCUGAGGACGAGAAACGAAAACAAGCUCUUAUACAAAUACACUUUGAUGUUAAUGCGCUGAGGUUGUGGCUGUUUUUACAUGGUUCCCUGGCUUAGCUGUGUUGUGGGAUGAGCUGGCAACAACCAUGUAAGCAUUUACACAGCAACAAUGAGCAAAGAUGAUUAAAACCAUUCCAUACCAGAUAGUUUCUAAAUGCAAAUUGUAGUGUACUUGAUACUCUUGUUAUUGUUGCUGUCGUUGAUGCUUUUUUUUUCCUCCCAGAAAUAUUUAAAUGAUAAAAUGUAAUUGCUCUUACAUUGAUUGUGUAUUGGUUCAUGUACACCUUGUGGGUGAAACUCUUUAUUUUCAAUGAAAAAUUAUACACUUCAGUGAAUUUUUUUUAUACUUCAUUUGUUGUCAUGUGUUGUAAAGUUUUACAAUUUUUACUUGUAUAAAUGUAUUCAUUCUACUUG